AUGAGCAGGGGUCCCUACGAGUACGUGCUGACGCUGCGGCCGGACUUGUACACUGCCAAGCACACGCAGUGGUUUUAUUUCCGCGUGCAAAACACCCGGCGAGACGCCGUCUACCGCUUCACCAUCGCCAACCUGGCGAAGCCCAAGAGCCUCUACGGCGAGGGCAUGCGGCCGCUGCUCUACUCGCAGCAGGACGCCCGCAGCCGUGCCGUCGGCUGGCGCCGUGUCGGGGACAAAGUCCGCUACUACCGGCGGGGCGGUGGGGACGAGCCGGCCACCUUCUGCCUCUCCUGGAGCAUGCGCUUCCCCCACGACGCCGACACCUGCUACUUGGCCCACUGCUACCCCUACACCUACUCGGAUUUGCAGCGCUACCUGCGGGCGGUGGUGGGCGACCCGGUGCGCUCGCAGUACUGCGCGGUGCGGGCGCUGUGCCGCAGCUUGGCCGGCAACACUGUCUACCUGCUGACCAUCACCGGCCCGGCCGGCGGCGCGGGCAAGCGGGCGGUGGUGCUGAGCGCCCGCGCGCACCCCGGCGAGAGCGGCGGCUCCUGGGCCAUGCGGGGCUUCCUCGACUUCGUCCUCAGCGCCGCCCCCGACGCCCGGCUCCUGCGCCGCCUCUUCGUCUUCAAGGUGGUGCCCAUGCUCAACCCCGACGGGGUGGUGGUGGGCAACUCGCGCUGCUCCCUGGCCGGCCGCGACCCCAACAGAGCCUACGGGACGGGGUGCCGGGGCUCCUUCCCUGCUGUCUGGCACCUGCGGGCCAUGGUGGAGAGGCUGCUGGCGGAGCGGGAGGUGGUGCUGUACUGCGACUUCCACGGGCACAGCCGCAAGAACAACGUCUUCAUGUACGGCUGCGACGGGGGCCGGGCCGGGGCAGCGUCGCGGUUCCUGGAGCGCGUCUUCCCCCUGAUGCUGAGCAAGAACGCGCCCGACAAGUUCUCCUUCCCCAGCUGCAAGUUCAAGGUGCAGAAGAGCAAAGAGGGGACGGGCAGGGUCGUCAUGUGGCGGAUGGGCGUCACCAACAGCUACACCAUGGAGGCGGCCUUCGGCGGCUCCACGCUGGGCAGGAGGAACUCGCACUUCACCGUGGAGGACCUCAAAUCGCUGGGCUACCACCUCUGCGACACCCUGCUGGAUUUCUGCGACCCCGAUUCUGCCAAGUUCCAGCAGUGCCUGGCCGAGGUGCACGCGCUGCUGCGGCGGCGGCUGGGCUCCGGUGGGAGCUGGAGUGAUGUCCCCACCUCAGACCUUGAGUCCAGCACCAGCGGCUCCGACAGCUCCGUGUCUGAGGGACCCCAGGCACAGCCCGGGAGCUCCCGGGAACGGGAGGGACGAGGCGCCCGGGAGGAGGUGCUGGUGCCUGUCCGCCACCCAGGGCGGCUGGAGCCGAGGCGGAGGAAGCGGCUGUGGAGCCGCAGGGCGAGGAACGCCCUGCACCGGCCAAACGCCACCCGCCAGAGCCCCGCCGGUGCCCCCGUGCCACCGUGGUCCCUCAGGCCCCGGGGACAACCGCGGGUCCCCAACACCCCUGGGGGAGGCCGUGGGGUGCCAGAGGAGCCCGAGGAGCCGCGUGGAGCCAUUCCCCGUCUGCCCGUCCCCGGUGCAGCGGGAAGGGGGUCCCGAGGCCGUGGUGCCGCUGCGGGGGACGCCCGGUUGUGGGGGGACACGAGGGCACAGGGGCCUGCCCGUGCCACCACCGCCACCACCGGUUCCUCGCGGGGCACGGCCAUGGCGCUGCCCACACCGGGAGCCACCACCGGUGGUCGUGGGGGGCGGCCGGGCCCCGCCAGCCCCCGCUGCUAUGCCUGCGCCCGGCGCUAACGGGGCCGCGUCCCCCGGUGCCUGCCGGGCUCCCGUUUCCCCCGCAGGCCCCGGGGGCCGCCGCCUCCACCGCCCGCUGGCCCCUCGGGCCCCGCCGCCAUGGCGGCGCCUCAGGCCUCGAAGGCGGCGUUGGCGGCGCAGGCCGCG